CGAAGUUGAAAGUUGAAAGUUCUAUAUCUCGGGGUCGUUGACUCUGAGCAAAUCCGAGACUUGCGAUUGACGAUUGCAGCGGGCAACGCGCAUUCCUGUCGUCGACAUGCAGCUGAAAGAUAAGGUCGUGUUCAUCACUGGAGGUGCACAGGGGUUCGGGAAGGCCGUGGCUGAAGCUGUGCUGAAGAAGGGUGCAAAGGUUUGUGUCGCUGAUGUCAAAGUGGACCAAGGGGAGGCAACUGCCAAGGAACUACAAGCGUCCAGUGGAGCAGACAAUGUCCUCUUUGUGAAAUGUGACGUGUCUGAUGCUUCUGUUUUUGAAGAUGCUUUCAAAGCUGCCGUCUCCAAAUUUGGUCACGUUGAUGUCAUGUGCAACAAUGCGGGCAUCUUGGAUGAACGAAUAUGGGAAAAACAGCUCGAAAUCAACAUCGGUGGCGUUGUGCGGGGGACCAUGAUGGCGCUGAAUCACAUGAGGAAGGAUAAAGGGGGUAGAGGCGGUGUCAUCAUCAAUACCGCUUCAACUGCAGGCUUGCUCCCCUCCUUCUGGUUCCCUGCAUAUGCAGCCAGUAAGAGUGCCGUUUACCAUUUCACGGCGAGUUGGGCAAAAAACCCUGAUAUGAAGUCAGCUGAUGUUCGAAUGAUUAGUAUCUGCCCGUCGGGAGCUAAGACGGCUCUUCUGGAUAUGGCUGAAGAAAAGAUUAUAAACUACGAAAAUUUCAAGCAGUUUAUGGAACGUUCUAAAUAUUGCAGGGUAGACCAGGUGGUGGAGGCAUUCCUGCUGGCAAUGGAGGACGACACCAUCCACGGCACAGCCAUCACCAUCAAAAGUAAAGAAGGUGUAGAAAAGAUGAAGAUGUCGCUGGUCCCCGCGGAGUAAUACCAAAAUAUAUAUACCCCCAAAAUUGACCCAAGAAAAUAGCCAACAUACAAACAUUAAAAAUGCCCCUUUGUAGAUAUAUUAUUCGAAAGGUAGCACACAAGCUUUUCUUAUAAUUUUUCGGAAUCCGGUAAGAAUAAAUAAAUAAUAAUAUCACUGUAGUCAACAGUUUAAAACAUGAAAGGAAAAGGCCACUUAAAAGUCAGCGAUUUUAUAUUUAGAUAUUUUGUACAUAUAUCCCGCGGACUAAAAACUAACACUAAAUUGUGUCGAUUUGAUAAGGUAUGGUGUCAUCAAGAGAAGAUACAUGCUAUUACAUUAAAGUCAGACAAGUUCAGAGCAGUAGAUGUUUAGAGUGUUCUUAAUUAAUUUUGUGAGAAUUUAAGAGCAAAUCAAGAAUAAAACGUAAAAUGUCUGAAAAAAGGAAUAUAAACGCUUUCAUUAUAGUAUGAACCUUCGUAGAGUGUGGGCCAAACUGUAUCAACGUCGGAGCUUCAUAUACAAUGUUUGGCCCUCACUCCUUCAAUGCUCAGACUCCAAUAAACCCACACAUUGUGAAAGUCAAUUUUUAAAUGAACUUUGGUAUGUGUUUAGUUAGCUGUGAUACCCUCAAAGCGUUUAUAUUCCUUUUUUCAGGUUUGCUCUUUAUUUGCUUUUAUAUAACUAUUUUAAACCUCGGAGGUUGUAGGUCUAUUCACAAUUCUAUUUUGUACGUCUGACUUCUUGUUUACACUAACACUAACACUAACACAAAGUAUACAACAACCGUUAUCGCUAAAUAAAGUAGUUCCUCAAAAUGAGAGGUGACAUGAGCGAAUGUUUACUCACAGUGACAACUUUUGUCGUUUGUUUAGAGUAAAUAUACUCAAAUAAUAUCAUUAUUAGAUGAGAAAGGAUUAUUUAGAACUACCUCAGUUAAUCAGUCAUAGUGAUAGUUCGUCGUAAUACACUUGCAUUAAGUUCAAGACAUCUAAAUGGCCCACGUGAUAAACGUGACGGGAGAGAUUUCCGAAAGUGUAUAAUGAACCUGUGGAAAAUGGAAGUCAUCAUUGAUCAAUUGACCGACCAUUGAAAGGUGAGUGUAAAGAUAUGUCCAACAGAUACUAAGGUGAAUUCAUAGAUUCCUGCAGACUGCCACUAGAGACUGUAGACUAGAGUUCAAGUAAAAUGACUGAAAAAAUCCUUUUGCGUACACCACUACAUUUGUAAAAAUGUCCCGCGCACUACAUUGCUGAUUACCGAAUACCCUCUCAGUAGAUCCUGAAUCGAAAAAACCCACCAAAAACAAAACAAAAAGUGGUAGCAAAACUAGACUUAAAGCUGAGAAUUUUCUGUAUGCACAGUAUCUCUGAGCACGGAAAUUAAUUGAGUCCUCAUUUUGAAAAAAAGAAGACUAUUAGUACAUUAUAUACGCCUUUUGUUUAUGAAAACAGGAUAGAUGACAUAAAUGAAAAUGUCUUAGUCAUGAAAAAUUAAAAAUAAUUUUUUUUAUCAAGUACAUGCAUUUGCCUCGGGAAUGAUUAUACGAUAUAUGUCAAUGUGACAAAAAGUAUUUGUGUUUUUACAUUCGGUGGGGAGGGAAGCUUUCGAAAGGAUGGGGUUGGGGUGGUUUGUUCUGUCUUAAUCUGGGAUACAUUAUUGUUCGACAAAUAAAAUAAAUUGUUUAGGUUAGAAAAAUGUGAAUUUGGUGUACAUUUUGAGAGAAAUUAUAAUGUGACUGGUAUUUUUAGUGUGAUAUUGUCAGUUUUAGUUCAUUUAUUUGUUGUAACAUAAAUUGAUUUUAUUCUU